AGAUCUUGCAGCGGUUGUUCCGUUCCCUGGCAAUUGUCGCUCAACCAGUCCUCUUAUCCAGGAAUCAAUCAGCGCUUAGCAUUCCUGGACGAUAUCUGCGACACAGCAGACAACAUUGCCCUUGCCUGCCCGCGAUGGCUUCCAGCGGAACAAUGAGGGGCACGCCCAAGGGACGGGGCACAGUGCCUGCCUUCACCAACAGUCCCGCAUCCAAUAUUCCACGUCCAGCUUUCGAAUCACAUCCCAGCGCCUCCCAGAGCGAAGCCGGAGGAUCAACAAUGAGUGCCAGCAGACAGAAGCAAUCCAAGAGAGAUGAGGCCAUUCGGAGGAAGAUUGAGACGGACCUCAGCAAGAAGAAGCACACCACUGGCCGAGCACGCCAAACACGAAAAGCUCCCCCCGGAACUGUCCUUGCCCUUCGGCCGAGUCAAGCCCUCCAGAUCAAACCGAAUACCACUGUCGCUGAGGCGGCACAGUUGAUGGCAGCCAAGAGGGAAGACUGCGUGCUGGUCACCGACGAUGAUGACCGAAUUGCCGGUAUAUUUACAGCCAAGGAUCUGGCAUUCCGAGUUGUCGGAGCCGGCAUCAAAGCCAGCAAUGUUACGAUUGCAGAGAUCAUGACCAAGAAUCCUCUAUGUGCGCGAACAGACACAAGUGCUACCGAUGCAUUGGACCUCAUGGUGAGGAAGGGCUUCAGACAUCUGCCAGUAAUGGAUGAAAACCAAGAUAUUUCAGGUAUCCUGGAUAUCACCAAGUGUUUCUACGAUGCUAUGGAAAAGCUUGAGCGUGCCUACAGCUCAUCAAGGAAACUCUACGAUGCAUUAGAGGGUGUUCAAUCGGAAUUGGGAUCGAGUCAACCACAGCAGAUCAUUCAAUAUGUUGAGGCUCUGCGAUCGAAGAUGUCUGGGCCCACUUUGGAGUCGGUGCUGGAUGGGAAACCCCCCACGACGGUCUCCGUGCGAACCUCGGUGAAAGAGGCCGCAGCUCUGAUGAAGGAGAACCACACCACUGCUGUCCUUGUUCAAGAUCAAGGUUCUAUUACUGGUAUCUUCACCAGCAAGGAUGUUGUGCUGCGUGUCAUUGCUCCUGGGCUAGACCCUGCAAACUGUAGUGUCGUUCGUGUCAUGACCCCACAUCCAGAUUUUGCUCCUAUGGAUAUGAGCAUUCAAGCUGCCCUGAGGAAAAUGCACGUAGAUGGCCAUUACCUGAACUUACCCGUGAUGAACGAGGCUGGGGAGAUUGUCGGCAUGGUGGAUGUCCUCAAGUUGACCUAUGCCACCCUGGAGCAAAUCAACACCAUGUCCACUGGAGACAGUGAAGGACCGGCCUGGAACAAAUUCUGGCUUUCACUUGAGAACGAGACCGAAUCUGUGAUGUCUGGAGAAGGCAGCCAUCACCACAGCCAUGCUCAUGGCGGACGAUCAUUAAUGUCGCCGGACUUGUCUCGAGGUCAUGAGAAGAUUGUCGAUGCCAGCGUUGCUCCCGGAGACUCUGCAUCACAUACCGGAGCUGAAUCACCUGCUCAUUCCGUUGUCACGGGACCGGCCGAGACACCAGCAGAGGAAGUUCCUUUCCCAUUUAAAUUCAAGGCUCCUAGCGGUCGAGUCCACAGACUUCAGGUCAUUGCUGCUCAUGGAAUGGGAGAGCUCAUCGCCGCUGUGAUUGCAAAGUUAGGGUCGGAGGUCGAUGUAGUCGGGGGUGCAGCUACCUUCGAGGACGGCAAGCUUGGUGUAUCAGGUUUUGCUCUCAGCUACCUGGACGAUGACGGAGAUACCGUUUCCAUCACUACGGAUCAUGAUCUUUUGGAAGCAAUUAUCAUUGCUAGACAAGGCCAUCGGGAUAAGGUUGAUCUGUUCGUUCAUGAUCCGGAGAAGCCCCCGAUCUCAGCAACACUGGAUCCUCACCCUGUUAUUGCCUCUCAACCAACGCCGCCACCAUCUACGACCAGAGAGAGGAAGAGGGUGGUUUCUGAUGAGGAAGGCAGUGAAGAAGAAGUGCCGGUUCGACGGACGAAGAGAGCCGCGCCUGCACCAGUACCAGAGCAGGUGAUUGCUGGUGUGCCAAAUGAGCUGCUGUUGCCAGGAGCGAUAGUGACUCUUGCUGUUGUUAUUGUUGGGGUGUUUGCUUUGACCAGGGCUACGAGUCGUUAA